AGUCCCUUCCCAAACCAAACCAUCAAUGGCCUUCCGAUCUCCUCCUCCGCCCCCCGCAAGGCAACCACCCACGUCACCUCCUCCCACACCACGUCAAAGUCCCCCGCCUCCCACUCCCAUCGUGAACCCACCGCCGCCUCCGGCUCCCACUCCCAAACUGCCACCGCCGCCUCCGAAUGUAAAGCCACCGCCACCUCCGGCUCCCACUCCCAUGCUGCCACCGCCGCCUCCUAGUGUAAAGCCACCACCGCCGCCACAACGAAGCCCCCCGCCGCCUCCUAGUGUUAAGCCACCGCCACCUCCCACUCCCAAACUGCCACCGCCGCCACAACGAAUCCCCCCGCCGCCUCCUAGUGUAAAGCCACCACCGCCGCCACAACGAAUCCCCCCGCCGCCUCCUAGUGUUAAGCCACCGCCACCUCCCACUCCCAAACUGCCACCGCCGCCGGCUCCAGUUGCACCGCUAGUUCCGCCGCCGCCACCGCCGGGCCCAAACCACACCGUGGUCAUCGUGGUGGUAGCCACCCUCGGCGGCCUUGUCCUCCUCGGUUUCCUUGCGGCGGCCGUGUUCUGUUUCCUACAGAAGAGAAAGAAGAAGCAGAAGGCGGCAGCGAGAGAAGGGCUGGCGGCGGACGUGGAGGGUCAUGUGCACGGGCAGCAGUUACACGAAAGGUUCAAGAAGGGGGCGGCGUCCUCCUUCGGUAAAGCUGCACGCAGUUCCAGCCGGGCGACCGGUUAGUCAGCGGAUGCUGAAGCUACAAGACAGAUAUAUAUAUCUACGAAUGGUUGAACUUGAGAUCCUCUAAUUAAUAACCUGAGUACUGAGUUUGUACACGUGCAUGUGUUUGAGCUACGAUCUAUAAUAUAUAUAAUAUAUAAUGUAUUGGGAUGAAUAAUGAGAAUAAAGUGUGCGCUGUUUGUUAAGAUUUUG